UAGGAUUUCCUUGUUUACAAACAACAUCAAGAUGGCGAAGGUUUAAUCUUUUAGUUUUAUCAGUGACUCAUUACUUAACUAUCUUAGUGGUGGGGGAAAAAAACACAUCGACUACUACAAAAGCAUCUUUCUAGAUUACGUUAUUUAAAAAUAGACUCUAGAUUUAAUUUCAACAAAGGAAAUCAAUAGUCUAACCGGAAAUGAAUGAUCUAAACAUGAAAUCUCUAGAGGCGAAAGUGGUGGUGUUAGGUUCACAAGGAGUGGGCAAAACCAGUGUAGUCAUUCGUUAUGUUGGUGGCAUGUUCAGUAAAGCCGUGAGCCCGACUAUUGGAGCAUCUUUCUUCACUUACAAAUUGACACUUGAACAAUACAGAGUCAAACUUCAGGUCUGGGACACAGCGGGACAGGAACGGUUUAGAUCUAUGGCUCCAAUGUAUUACAGGAAGGCCAAUGCUGCUAUGUUGGUCUAUGACAUCACAUCAUUGGAGAGUUUCUAUGACAUCAAAGACUGGGUCAAAGAACUCAAGAAAAAUGUGGACACACCAAUAGUUUUAUGUCUCCUGGGAAAUAAGAGUGACCUUGACAGUGGGAGAAAAGUCAGUAAAGAAGAUGCAGCAGAGUACGCCAGCUCAAUAAAUGCUCUAUUUUAUGAAACCUCAGCCUUAAAAAACACAGGUAUUGAAGAUGCUUUUCUUCAAGUUUCCAAGCAACUGAUCCACCUGUAUGAGACAGUCCCUAACAGUGGGAUGGGCUCUCUCAUAUCUCAGCAACCACCAGACAUGUUUGCAGGAAGCCAGGCUCUAAAACUGCCAGACCGACAGGAACCAGGACAACAGCAGACGUCAGAAUCCAACUGUGCUUGCUGAGCAUAUUUGACGUCUGCUUAAUUGAAUGCUUGUUCCAGUCGUCAUGAAACAUUUUGUCACAUGACAGACUUGCAGUGUGAAAGGUCAGACAUCGCGUGAAAGACACUUCUCGUGGAUGUUAACAGAAAAACAUUUCAAUUUCUGAUCAGGAUUAUAACAAGACAUGUGUUUACAUUCUUUCAUCUCACAGGAAUGAGCUUUGACCUUUGAUUUUCUUGCCAGAUUUUUCUGACUGCCUCGUGUUGCUGACCUAUAUUUCUUUUUAUCUUUUUUCCCGUUGUAUCAGAACAUUUGAGAAGAAAAAAAAAUACUUCCCCAAGCUCAGAUUGUUGCAAUGGUCUAAUUUACUUUUGUAAUGGUAGCUAAUAUAAAAAGGCUUUUAUGAUGUUGAUAAUGUUUUUUGUUGAACACUGUUUAUCCUGGGGAGCUGGCGUCAUCAUAAAUGCCACGUUGUUUUUAUACUAAUAUUAUAUUAAAUCCCAGCAAUCUAUGUUUGCAGUACCAGCUUGUUUUAAAAUUGUAUUUUAUUGACAAUUUUGUAAAACACAUUAGAAAAAGCUGUUUGGGAUUGUAAUAUUUUUGUUACAAAUAGAAUUUUUGUAAGAUAAUACUGUACUUUUGGUGAAACCAAGCAGCUAUUACAUUUACUAUACUGAAUACAGUUGUGUUAAUAGUGCAUCCCUUCAUAAUUUUUGUUGUUUUUACGUAACGGUAAUAAUGGUCUUGGUGUAUAGUAGAUUAAAGAAACACUACUAAAAAUAAUAAAUCUUUCCCUGAUGGGUUAUUAGUUUUAUUUAGGGAAUCUUCACUUAUUUGUUGAAAGUGAAACUUUUACAUUCUAUAGAAUUAUUGUGUCUUAUAAUAACAACUGUACAGAAAUACACUUACACUUAAAUGAAGCAUUGCAAAUUAGUAUAUAUACUCUGGUUCAAUAUUUAAACAAACUUCUGGGGAUGAACUUGGGUUUUUUUUCUUGGUUGUGAUACAUAAUUUAAAUAGUCUCAUUUAUUCAUACAUCAGCAGUUUAUAGGCUAUCUUUUUUUUUUUUUUUUUUGUUAUUCAAAUAGGUUGUGAUGAUAGAUAAGAGAUGCAGAAAAAAAUAUGCAGAGAGGUGAAACAAUGAACUCACCCUUAAUCUUCGGAGUCGAAGACAUAGCCACUAGGUUGUGAUAAGGGAUCUUUCUCUAUGAACAAUGUUUUUACUAAGCUCGUUUUGAAAGUUAUUCUCGAAAUUUUACCCGACAACUUAAAGUGGUUACUAAUAUUUUAUUUGAAGAAUUAUUGUUUCUGUAAAAAAACAUGUUUAAAAAAAAUGUUUUUAUUAUUGCCAUCAGUCUCGUCCGUACAUUUUCAAAUAGUUAUACAAGCUAAACAAAUUGUAUGAAAUGUAUAUUUUUAUCAUUUUGUAUUGCAUUCAUAUCAGUAAUAUGUAGAACUUUUUCAUGAUGUAAUUAAAUACAAGGUAAUGCCAGUGAUGAUUAGACAAACCUUUUCUUUUCAUUCACUUAAUGACAGUUUUUACUAUUGCACAAUUCUGGAAACUCUAGUCAGCACUAUUUCACUUCAUGUCCUGAGUGUCACUUAGUAACGUGUAUUUUACUUGCUUUAAGGUUUCUUACAUUGUCUAAAUUUUUUUGUGUCUACAAAUAUUGAAUAACUGUUGAAAGCCUAUUUCAGUCUAAUACUUCCAUGAACUGAGAAGUCUUUGAUUAGUUUAGAUUUGCAACCAUAUUUUCAGUGUUGGUUACACUUCUCAUAAGUUUCCAAAGUGCAUGAUAAAGUGAUACUAAAUAAGCUGGCAAAUAAAUUUAUUUGUUCUUGUCUGAAGACACAGAAAGGAGAUUUUUAAAUAAUGUCUUUACAUCAUGUUAAUUAAGUCAAAUACAUUAUUGAAAUGAGCUUGUCAUCAACUUUGCAAGGGUUGAAAUGUAAACAUUGAAUAAGUGAAUUUUGGUGUGUGUAGAAUAAAGAUGUUUUUCUACCCUUUGAAACAUAUGGUAUCCAUGUUUUAUGCUGGUGUCAACAAAGUCUACUUAGUAUUCAACAAACAGAAGAUACAGAUUUUCUUCAGUUUCCCAAUGAAAUGUAAAACUAAAAGCUAUUUAAGUCUAAGUCUUUGUUAUGGUUGCCUUAUAUUGUCAAACUAUUUUCAAGACAGCCUUGUUCUAUGUCACAGAUGGCAUCUUUCAUCUGUUUGAAUUGCAGUGCUUUCAUUUGUACACAUUUUGUAUAUGAGGGGAGAUAAUUUAGUAAGUUUAUAUACAUUGAUGUAUGGCUCUUGUUCCUAGACACAAUUGGUAUUCCCGCAGUGUCCUCUCUGAGGUGCAUUCCUGGGUGUAAAAUAAAAGAUAAUGGUCACUCUCUUAACUAAUUUGAUUCGUAGACAUACUAUACAUUACAGUUGGCAACCCACUUGGUUGCAGGUGCUGGUUGAGAGAAUACCAUAGAACUCCAAGAUUGCUUGGGUAAGAGUGCUUGGGUUUGAAAUCACAAGUACAGCCUCUUCUAUAUGAACAGCUCCAUCUGCCCAAAGUUCAAAAUUAGUCAAAAUGCCAGGUAUCUGCCUUAAAAUCUUCGUGGGUCUGAGAGAAGUUUGGCUGGGCCAAGGGCUUGACCUGAAUAAAAUAUUUACUUAUAUUGAGAUUGACAUUUUCAUCUUGAUUAAAUUAAUCAUCACAAGUUUAUAUUAAUAAUAAAUGUACUGUUAUUUUUUGUAUAUUUUAUUGUAUUCAGAUUUUUAAAAUUUGAAUUUGUCACUUAUUAAUGAAUUCUCCAGACAUGUCUGUGUAUAUCAUCAUACAAUGGGAUAUCAACUAUUAUAUCAAAUUGCUCUUUAUGUUGAUAGUAUUUUUUUAUUUUUUUUGCUAAGAAGCGUACAUGACCUCUGCGUUAAUGAUUACGACUGCACAUGUUAGUUCCUGCUAAAUUAGUUCUAUUGUCGCUGUUGUGUCAUUAAGCAUGGCUGCUCCAUGCUCUGUUUGCAUCAAAGAAAAGCAACAUGGUUCAAAGAUGAUAUUUUUUAAAAAGUUUUUGUGGUUGAAAGGUUACCAAGGGCUGAAAUUCAUUGAAGACUUUCGAUACAGUACGGGAAUAGUGCGUUGCAUUAUUAGAUUGUCAAAGAAUGGAUUGAAAAAUUAGACAAUCAUCAAAUGUUAAGCAUGAUGAUGGAGCCAGACCAUCAUUUACCACAUCGAGGAAAUCAUUGAAUGUGCACUUGACAUAAUUCUCUUAAACACACAAGUAACUAUUAAUAGAGUGGCACAUUGCAAAUUAAUCAUGGUUCUGUCUAUGAAAUCUUACAUAACAGACCGGGUUUCAUAAGGUCUGUGCAAGAUGGGUCCCAAUUGAGAUUCAAUGUUGAAAGAGGUGGUGCACUUCAGACUCUAGCUAAAUCAAAAAUCUCCAGAAAGCUUGUGCAAUGGUGAACCAAGUGCAUUGACAAACAAGGGGAGACUAUGUUGAAAAAUUCUGUACAUGUAUGUUUCCUAUGUGUAUGACAAUGAAAUGUUUUAACCACAUUGCAGACUUUCCCUCAUCUAUAUUCAACAAGGGAAGUUGGCCAGUAGCACUCCUAAACUAAAUGAACUGUCUAUAUAAAAUACAUGUAUUGGUUUUUUGUCAGUUGUCUACUUUGGUAGACUUUUUUUUUUAUGACAUACAUAUGUUACAAUGAUCCGUGAAUCAUUAUAAAACUUAGCAAAGUUGAUAUCUAGCUAAAAUAGUAAAUAUGUGGAAAAAAAAAGGUUGAAAUUUUUUUGUUGCAGAAAAUCUUUACCCAUAAUUUUGUAAAUUGUUUGCAAAAAAAAUUACUGCCUUGAAAUGCAUUGAUAAAACAAAACAAAAAAUUAUUAUUACAACAGAUUUUAAAAAAUAUUUAUAAUUUAAUACCUUUUCACUUUCACUUUUUCACAUCAGUACCAUUCUGUCCAUCAUAAUCUUAUAAAGGGACAAAUACUAUUAGAGUUUAAACAUAUACUUACUUUGAUAUUGUCAGAUAUUUUGUUUAAUAUAAUAAAUAGCUAUUUUAUGUGUUACUCAUACUGUAUGUUUAUUUUUGUUCUAAGAGCCUCAAUGUAUUUAUAUGAAAGAUUGCGAAAGGUGCCACUGUGAGGCUAAAGCAUAGACACACCUUCUUACAGAUGAAUUAAAUACAAAAUAAAAAUAAUGUAAUCUAGGUUGCUUGUGUGUACACAUAUCUCUCUUGAUACUUGCAUUAGUUUUGUCCCAUAGUCAAAUAAUCAAUGUACAGUGGAAUUCAAGCCUGCAUAAAUCAAAAUUCCUCUUGACUGAAUUCAUUGUUUGUUUGUUUGUAGUUUCCUUCUUUGUCAUUGAUGCCAAGUCAGUUAACCCAGGAUUAUUAUAAUAAAUACUGACAAUAUUCAUGCAA